GCGGCUGGCAAACAUUCCAGUGUGAAGCCUGAACGUGCGACGCGUUGCUUCGUCUGUCAACUCUCUUUCACUGUUUGUACCGUCGUUGAUGUUACCGGCGCGCCGUUCUUCUCUCGAUCGAACGCGACCGACGAACAACCCCUCGCUCGCGGGUCACGGUUCAAAGAUCACGAUCGACGAUCGUCGAAAAAUCUGCGGAUUCUCGAGACUAUGUAAACGACCAACGUUUCAUUGGCAUUCGUCAGAACCAAUGGUACCCGAACGGUUCGUUUGAUAUUCUUCACUCGGGAUCACGUGGACAGAAAUGUGAAUCGCAGUUCGAUAUCGAAUAUUAUUUACUAUCGGAUAUUCUGUCGUAUUGAAUAACGUUUCGAGUCGAAGAGGGACCGGUGUGUCGUUGUUACCGAACGAUCUACCUAGAUUUCGUGGAUCCUCGACGGAAGGACGAGCCGAUCCUACCUGCGUAGAACCAGUUUCGGGCCAAGAAGAGAUGCGGUAACGAGAAACGAAAAAUAAUGCUGUUAGACGUGAGCUACCACAAGUACACCGGCGGCACAUUGCCAGCCAGAGGUUUGUUAUGGAUCGGUCUGCUGGCGUGGACGAUCUGGCCGUGCCACGGCGAAGAACUGAGUUGUUGCAUGAACGACACGGCAUCGUUGGUGUUCUCGAACUGUUCAACGGACACGAGGGCGCGGCUGCAUUGCCCGUACGGUAGCUUCAUGGUCGACCCGGCCAUCGAGGACGAUUUCACUAUAAUCCGCGAGAAUGGCGAGAGUUGGCUGCAGCUCGCGGAUCUUCGUUACCCCAGGAUCCCAUCGAACAUGUUCUGCGUAGCGAAGCUGGAAAACUCGAGCACCGACGUCGCGUUGGUGUGCUUCGACAACGAUUCCUACAGCGAUCACCCGUCGAUAUGGCGGGAAACUUUGUUCUGCAUCCUGGGCAUCAUAUCCGCGACGUUUCUGAUUGCCACGCUGGCGGUGUACGUUGUGCUGCCGGAAUUGAGGGAGGUGCAAGACAAAGCUAUGAUGGCGGUGGUCACUUCGCUGGCGGUCGGUUACAUCGUUCUGUCGAUCGAGAACCUCAGGCCGCAAGAGGAGGGCGACGAGGAGUUAUGCAUCUCUUUAGGAUUCCUUUUGUACUUCUCAUUCAUGUCUGUGUUCUUCUGGCUGAACAUCGUGUCGUUCAACGUAUGGAGGACAGUUUGGUUCAAGAAUUUCCGAGUUAGAGAGAAGCCGUUGUUUAUAGCGUACUGCAUCUACGGAUGGGGUGGUUCGCUCUGUUUCCUCGUACUAGCCUUGCUGACCCAUAACAUCGAAGGAACACACCUGAAACCCGGUUUCGGGGAGCGGAGCUGCUGGUUCAACGGCCCCAAAGCAAUGUGGGCGUACUUCUAUGGGCCGAUUUUGAUUCUACUGAUACUGAACGUCGUAUAUCUGGGUAUGACUGGAUGGCGUCUGUGGCAUCAAUGCAGCGAUUACAAUGGGAACAAGCUACGGGCGCUCCGGUUCAAGUGUAUGCUUUACAUUAAGCUGAUCCUCGUGAUGGGCGUCACGUGGAUCUUCGAGGUGGCGUCCUACGCCGAAGGACCUAAGAAGGAGAUCUGGAUUCCCACGGACAUCCUGAACGCGCUACAAGGACUCAUAAUAUUCCUGUUGCUGGUUGCGACACGGAAACGCGUGAGGAAGCUGCUGGCACGAAAGAGACCUUGCGGCAUCGCCUUUCCAAAGUCCUGGGCAGUCUACGAGGACGAGGAGUGCGAGGACGUAAUGCCCGAGGAGAUCGAGCUGUCGCAGCACGACUAACGUCACGCGGAAUUCCCCGCGCCGCGGAAUGGAGGAAAAA